ACAAACGAGACACACACACCAUCAAUUCACAACUCAAGAUCCUUAACGUAGCGAUAGCGAGAGAGAUGGAUUUUUUCUCUCUAGAUUCUGUUUUCCAAGAAGAAGGAGAAAAUUUCUGGGAUAUGAUCGCCGGUGACGUCUCCGGCGAUGGUGACGGUGACAAAACCGUAGGUGUACCAAACAGAAGCGCCUUCAGGUCAUACGUGAGGGACCAUGAACAGAGGAUGGUAUCGUCUUCAUCGACGGUGAACGUGAAGAGGAGAAUGGUGAAUCUUCUGAGAAAGAAUUGGGAGGAGAAGAAAAUUGUAGCAGUGCCGGAGAAGGAGAGAAGCCGGCGACAUAUGAUGAAAGAGAGAACGAGAAGAGAGAAACAAAAACAGAGUUACUUUGCUCUCCAAUCUCUAUUACCUGCCACUAAGAGUGAUAAAAAUUCGAUUGUUGAAAAGGCCGUUGAUCAGAUUAGGAAAUUAGAAGGAUUAAAGAAAGAACUAGAGAGACAAAAGAAUGUGUUGGAGGCAAAAUCAGCACGGGAGCAUGAUGGAAUGAAUGGAACAAAGGUUAGGUUUAAUGUACAAGAACCUUUGUCGGGGAUCGAUUCAGUUGUAGAAGUUCUUCAGUGUCUUAAAUCAAUGGGGACAAAUCUCAACGCGGUCCAAGCCAAUUUCUCUCCACACGAGUUCUCAGCGACCAUGAACAUCGAGACUCAGAACAUAUCCAAGCGAUAACCUUUAGUAAAGAAAAAACAUAUAGAAACCAAAAAAUCUCUCUUAUUUAAACAGAAUCAUAUCCAUGGAUCCAACCUAUUUGUAAGUUUUUAAAUAAAAUACAUUUUUCUACUGUAUAGUUAAAUACUUAAAAUCAUCCAAAUUAAUUAAUAUUUUUUUUAUCUUUCUUAUUCAGAAACAUUUUAUUGACAUUAAAUUCAAGCUUACUUUAUAAAUCCCUUACUACGGAUUUGAUAAGAUUAGUCAUCAUCACUUUCUUUCUUGCCCAUUUGAUUACAUUAUUGAUGUAAUAUAUUAUUAUAGUUUGCUCUGAUAAUUUGUUUAUAACAUAUUUGACCUUUAAACCAAAUAAUAGUAUACACUAUAAGCCAAGUUGUUAUAAAUCCAAAAUCUAUUUGUGAAUAUAUCUAUCAAUACUAUUAUUUGAAAAGUGAUUUGACUUGUUUUUCAUGUUCUCCAUAAUUUUAAGUUAUUUCAUUUAUUUAUCAUGUUUUUAUUAGUUUUAUAAGCUUAUUUGUCAUGUUCUGUAUAAUUUUAGGUUACUUUGAUUAUUUGUGAGAUUUUUAAUAGUUAUAAUGGUUAUUUUAUUUAUUUCUCAUAUUCUGAAGAAUUUUUAGCUAAAUCAUUAGUUUGAGUAAUAUAUAUUGUUAUUUAAAAUUUUAUAAAAUAAAUAAUAAAUAAGAGUAAUAGUUAAGAUAGAAUUCUAAAUAUUAUAUUAGAACCAAAUGUGAAUUAACUAUUACCCAAACCAUUUUAUUCCUAUUGUAAUACAUGUCGGGUUCAUUCAAAUACAAUCAGAAAAAGAACCGGUCAAAUAUUUAAAAUAGAACAAUUGAACCAGCCGUUUAAAUUAUCUAUUCUAUUAAACCAGAAACAAUACCUAUUGAUAUAGGUGUGGUCUAACUAUUUUAAUACAAUUAUUAAAAAACUUUAUUAAUCAUUUAAGAAAAAUAUUAUACAAAGAAAAAUAUAAAUAUGACUAAAAAUAUAAAUAUAAAAUUAAAUUUCUAAAAAAAUAUAAAACAAAAAAUAUAAGAACGGGUCAUAAUCUAGUCUUGCUAUUGAAUUGAAUGUCUAGAAUGUGACCUAAGACAAUCGUAAUAUUUUACAAAAAAGAAGAAGAUAAUAUCGUAAUAUUAACACAUGUGAGUCUGUGACUUAGGACAAUCAAGUUUGUGUUAAUAUCUAUGCUAUUAUAUUAGAAUGUGAGUUAGGACAUAAUUAUGAUUAUUCUUCUUUAGCCAAUUUUUAAAAUCAUUUUGUUUCUGGAUAAGUAAGGUCAUUUAUCUUAUAUUAUAAUUAAACAAUAAAAAUAGCAUAGAUAAUAUUAGAUGAUAUUUAUUGUAGUCUAUCUUAUAUUAUAAUAAUAUGUAAGUGCUAAUACAGAAAAUUCAUCUAUGACAUCAAUUCUAUCUUAGUAUUUAUCUUUUAUAUGGUCGCUAUGAUUUUUUAGCAAGUUAUUAGUUUCAAUAGUAUUAUUAUUUAUAACUAAUUUAAUAUAUAAAAAUAUUUGUCAUAAUAUUGGGAUAAUUAAUUAAUAAGUAUAGUAUUAAAAAAUUAUUUUCUCAGUUUAUUUUUUCAAGUUUUAUGCUUCUCUUGACGAACAUUUUUAUAACUUCCAAUCUAAAUCAUGUGAAGAGGGUAUUUUUGUUUUUAGUAAAUUUACCAUUUUUAUUAUAAUAAUAUGUAAGUGCUAAUACAGAAAACUCAUCUAUGAUAUCAAUUCUAUCUUAGUAUUUAUCUUUUAUAUGUUUGCUAUGGUUUUUUAGCGAGUUAUUAGUUUCAAUAGUAUUAUUAUUUAUAAAUAAUUUAAUAUAUAAAAAUAUUUUUCAUAAUAUUGGGAUAAUUAAUUAAUAAGUAUAGUGUUAAACAAUUAUUUUGUUAGUUUAUAUUUUCAGGUUUUAUGCUUCUCUUGACGAACAUUUUUUAUAACUUCCAAUCUAAAUCAUGUGAAGAGGAUAUUUUUGUUUUCAGUAACUUUACCAUUGUUAACAAUACCACAUAAUGUAGAAUAUAAUGAAUCAUCUAACUCUUUUUAAAAACGAUUUUGAGUCAAAAUUUACUGGUUAAUACAAUUUAUUUUUAAUUUUUCUUUCUUUAGUUGAUGAAAUAAUAAUAUAACUGCACAAAUUUAGUUAUAUUUAUAAGCCACAAUGACGUUCAUUAUUUAGAAUAUACUCUCUAAAUUUAGUUAUAUUUAUAAGCCACAAUGACGUUCAUAUAUAUUAGAUGAUUUUUUGUUAGUCUUUAAUGUAAAAAAAAAUUAUUAAGUUUUUGUGUGUCUCAUGACCAUUUUUACGAUGCAGUUCUUUUGUAUAAGUUAAAUUGUUUUAAUGUAGACAAUACAUAGAUACAUCAUUAGUAAAAAUAUUUGUUUGUAUGACGAAAUUAGUUAUAGAUUA